CGAAGACUGAAGACUUAGAUGAUUCAUCUUAUCCCAGGUCGUAUUUUGAACAUUGGUUUGACCUAUAUAUUUUUACUGAAUACACCUGAAUGACCACAUUUAUGAAUUAUUUGACAUGUUGACACUUCUGCUUUUCACUGCCAUCUGUUUGGAUAGCACUUUUGGAGACAGCUCAUCCAUAAAAAAAGAAUUUUCUGUUCAACCAGGCGGUAAAAAGUAUUCAUCGACAAUUGAAAGGGAUGGAAUAAAAUGUACUUUCACUUAUGAGUGCCAAGGUGGGACGAACGAGAAGUGGCAUAUGAUUCUUUCGAAGAUUCGAGAUGAUAAAGGGUACGGCUGUGUUGUGGAACGUUCUGGUAGUCAAACAAGUUACAUAUACUUUCAAAGCUUCAAGCUAGAUGUAACGCCGCCUGUAGAAGCUUUGUCUGCUUCUGCAUUUGUAAGUUACCCGGAUUAAAGUACUAUUCUCAAGGGUAACAAUAAUCAACCAUUGUCAGCUGAGGAAUACUAUUUCAACAAAAAUGAACGUUAUGUAUCACAUGUCAGUGGAAAGUUCAAAGCAGCAUUAACUCGUCUCUCCCUGGAGUUUGUUUCCACACCUAUGAAGCCAGA